AAGAAGAAGAAGAAGAAGAAGAAGAAGAAGAAGCCAUUGCUCACAGGCAGGCAGCAUGGCAAGCAAACGGAAAUCCACGACCCCGUGCAUGGUUCGGACAUCACAAGUACCCGAACAAGGCGUGCUGGAGGAAGCAGACAGGGCCAAAGACAAAGGAGCAAUGGGCAUGCCACAGUCCGAUGUGACCAAGGACAGCUGGGCAGCAGAACCUGAGAACUCGUCCAAAGAAACUGAGGUGGUAGAGCUGAAGCCAACAGGGGAAAGCCAGUCCAAAAAGCUCCAGGGUGGUUACGAGUGCAAAUACUGCCCUUAUUCCACACAGAAUCUGAAUGAGUUCACGGAACACGUGGACACGCAGCAUCCCAAUGUGAUCCUCAACCCCCUCUACGUGUGUGCCGAAUGUAACUUCACAACCAAAAAAUAUGACUCGCUGUCUGACCACAACUCCAAGUUCCAUCCCGGGGAGACCAGCUUCAAGCUAAAAUUGAUCAAGCGCAACAAUCAAACCGUUCUGGAACAGUCCAUCGAAGCCACCAACCAUGUUGUGUCCAUCGCAGCCAGUGCUCCUGGAAGUGGUGACAAUGACCCUGGGGCCUCAGUGAGUAAAACCCCCAUGAUGAAAACAGGAAAGGCAAAGGCAGAUGCCAAGAAAGGGCCCAAGAAGCCUGAUGAGGUUGCUCCGGAAAACCACAUGGAAGGGACUGCCUGCCUAGUGACAGACACAGCUGAGAUCCUGUCCAGACUUGGAGGUGUGGAGCUCCUUCAAGAUUCACUGGGACACGUCAUGCCUUCUGUACAGCUGCCACCAAAUAUCAACCUUGUCCCUAAGGUCCCCGUCCCGUUAAAUACUACCAAAUAUAACUCUGCCUUGGACACAAAUGCCACCAUGAUCAACUCCUUCAACAAGUUCCCUUACCCGACCCAGGCUGAGCUCUCCUGGCUGACAGCUGCCUCUAAACACCCCGAGGAGCACAUCAGAAUCUGGUUUGCCACCCAGCGCUUAAAGCACGGCAUCAGCUGGUCCCCAGAGGAGGUGGAAGAGGCCCGAAAGAAGAUGUUUAAUGGCACCAUUCAGUCAGUGCCCCCAACUAUCACUGUGGUUCCUGCUCAGCUGGCCUCCACAAAAAUGUCACAGCCCAUCCUCCAAACAGCCCUACCAUGUCAGAUCCUUGGCCAGCCCAGCCUGGUGCUGACUCAAGUGACAAGUGGGUCAACAACUGUCUCUUGCUCUCCCAUCACACUUGCUGUGGCCGGAGUGACCAACCAUGGCCAGAAGAGACCUUUGGUGACUCCUCAAGCUGCCCCUGAGCCGAAGCGUCCACACAUCACCCAGGUGCAAGAACCUCCACCCAAGGUGGUCAACACCCCGCUCACCCCAGCUAGCGACCGCAAAAAGACCAAGUUGCAGAUUGCGCACCUCAAGGCAAGCUUCUUACAGAGCCAGUUCCCUGACGAUGCUGAGGUCUACCGGCUCAUCGAGGUGACAGGCCUUGCCAGGAGCGAAAUCAAGAAGUGGUUCAGUGACCAUCGGUACCGGUGUCAGAGGGGCAUUGUCCACAUCACCAGCGAAUCCCUUGCCAAAGACCAGAUGGCCAUCGCCGGCACCCGACACGGCCGCACCUAUCACAUAUAUCCAGAUUUUGCCCCCCAGAAGUUCAAAGAGAAAAGCCAGGGACAGUUGAAAACCCUCGAAGACAGCUUUCUGAAAAGCUCUUUUCCCUCCCAGGUGGAAGUGGAGCGGCUGAGGGUAGAGACCAAGCUGAGCAGGAGGGAAAUCGACUCCUGGUUCUCAGAGAGGCGCAAACUUCGAGACAGCAUGGAGCAGGCUGUCUUGGAUUCCAUGGGGCCUGGCAAAAAAGGCUCGGAUGUAGUAGGCCCCAAUGGUGCUCUGUCUCGACUUGACCAGCUCGCCGGUGCCCAGUUAGCCGGCUCUCUGCCCAGCCCUUCAUCAGCAAUUAUACAAAAUCAAGAACAGGUCCACCUGCUCAGGAGCACUUUUGCGAGAACCCAGUGGCCCACUCCUCAAGAGUACGACCAGUUAGCUGCCAAGACUGGCCUGGUCCGAACUGAGAUUGUGCGCUGGUUCAAGGAGAGCAGAUGCUUACUAAAAACGGGAACCCUGAGUUGGCUGGAGCAGUACCAACGGCAUCACCUGCCGGAUGAUCAUGGCCACGACCCUGUUUCGAGAAAAGCAGCAAAACUAGUUACUGAGAGCCCAAAGAAUGGAAGCGAGGUGGCUCAACAGUAUGCCAAGGACCCCAAAGCACUCUGCGGGGAGGACUCCGAGAAGCUGCUCCCCAGGGUGAAAGUGGCUGGUGAGCAAGCCAAGGACUGUUUGGCAGGCAAGCCCUCAGAGGCCACCUCGGACAGAUCAGAGGGCAGCAGCCGAGAUGGCCAGGGCAUCGAGGAAAACGAGGAGUCGGGCAUCGUGGACUUUGUAGAGGUGACAGUGGGAGAGGAGGAUGCCAUCUCGGAGAAGUGGGGUAGCUGGAGUCAGAGAGUAGCAGAAGCCACAGCAGCUGAGCGGGAGCGCGCAGACUCAGACUCCGACAGCACCCCUGCGGAGGCCGGCCAAGCCUAACAGGGCACUUGGCUUGAACCUCUGCACUGACAAAGGGGAGGCUCUGUCUUUGAAGAAAGAAGAAAGCCCCGCCCCCACCGUGGGCCACCUCACCAGCGACUCUGAGUAGAAGUGCUUCAGCUGUGUGUGCCUGGAGGACACAGGAACUCCGGAGCUCUGUGUCCCUCCCAGAGGCCAGGCAGAAAUGGUUCAUAGUGCCAAAGUCCUACUACUGCGUUUUCAAUGGGUCCCUGUACAUAGUAUCUGCCUUUGCCCUGGCCCCGCCUCUUGCUAUACUGGAACUGAUUUAUACAAUGUGGGGAUUUUGUUACCUUUUUAAUUGAGGGCAACUUACUUUUCCAGCACUUCUAUGGUAAGGUGUUUGCUUUUUCUUUUUCUUUUUCUGUUUUUUUUUUUUUCCUCCCAGGAAGGAGGGCUAACCACAUUGCUUCUCUCUCUCUCUCUCUCUCUCUCUCUCUCUCUCUCUCUCUCUCUCUCUCUCUCUCUCUCUCUCUCUCUUAUCCUUUUAUUAAUGAGGGGGAGGGAGCCUUAGUAUUAGUGCCACUGUAUCUACUGGAUUUUUAGGUAGGAAGAAUGUCUUUUUUAAGGUAGUUUGCCAUUUGAGAGAUGGCCUUGGUGGGAAGGGCUGAGGUUGGUCCUCUGGCUCAAAGUGGAAUGGGUUCACAAGUAGCGGGGCCUUCUGCGUCAAACCCAUUCACGGUUCCCCCAGCUGCCUUUUGGGGACCCUGCCUCUGCCCCAUGCCAAGAGGUGGGUCUGGCUUCUCAACUGCUUUGGAUAAUUGGGGAAUGGGUGGCUGCCCUCUUUACAAAUCUUUUUAAAAUACCAGCAGAAAGGGCUCCCACCACGAUUGACGAUGCCAUCGUGGCUCUUAGAAAAUUAAAAGAGAGAAUGGUCUUCCUGUCUGGAUGGUACAAAGGUAAACAUCUCUGGUGGUCUUUUCUCUUCCUCACUGCCUUUUCUUGGUGUGGCAUUUGACAGGAUUUCAGCUUGAAGCCUCACUAUGAGUUGAUUUUUGUUGUUCGGUGUGUGUGUGUGUGUGUGUGUGUGUGUGUGUGUGUGUGUGUGUGUUGGGCCAAUUUUAGAUACCUGAGUGCACUUUUUUUUUAGUUAGUCCUAACUUUUAAAGAAGGAAAGCCAAGAGAUAUAUCUCAUGUAAAUGUCGCAACAUGGGUUCUGUUUGCUGUCCUUGUCCCCUCUCCCACUCCCCAGACCCUUGACCCCAUUUGAGUACACUGCACAAAUAAAAAUGCUAGGGAGUUUGAAUAAAAGCGGUUUUUCUAACCUGUUGCUCAUUUGCUGUAUCUCAAUAAAGCAAAGACUAAACAUUUUUAUAACCUUUCCUCUGCUCCUCAUUCUUCAUUGUUAUCUGGAUCCUGGAUCCUGGGGCCUCAGCCUGUAG